AUGAUUCACCUCACCCCUAUAUUUCUGUUAACCCCGGCCGCCGCCGCCGCUGCCGCUCUUUUCUUGGUGGUUGGGGCCAUGCUGUUCCAAACGGGGUGCUGCAAGAAGCUGUGGAGAAGAAUGGAAGAUUGGUUCCACGUGUACCAAUUCCUCAAAGUCCCUGAACUCAACCAAAACACGCACCAGAACCGCCUCUACCGAAAAGUCUCUCUCUACUUACAUUCUCUACCUUCCAUGGAAGAUUCCAACUUCGCCAACCUCGUCACGGGUAAGAAGCAAAACGACAUCGUCCUCUCCCUCGCCCCCAACCAAACCAUCCAGGACCAUUUUCUCGGAGCCACACUCUACUGGUUCAACCAACCCACUGAUCCAAACCCAACCGGAACCGGAAACUUCAUUCUGAAAAUCAGAAAGGUGGAUAAGCGGCGAAUCCUCCGUCCUUACCUUCAGCACAUUCACGCCGUAGCCGACGAAAUCGAACAGCAAGGGAAGCGCGAGUUGCGCCUCCUCAUGAACAGCGCCGAUGAGUUUGGACGGUGGAGAUCCGUCCCGUUCACGCAUCCUUCUACGUUCGACACCAUCGCAAUGGAACCGGAUCUCAAAAACAAGGUCAAAUCCGAUCUCGAAUCGUUCCUCAGAGCCAAACAGUACUACCACCGGCUCGGCCGCGUCUGGAAACGAAGCUUCCUCCUCUAUGGUCCCUCCGGCACCGGAAAAUCGAGCUUCGUCGCCGCCAUGGCCAAUUUCCUCUCCUACGACGUGUUCGAUAUCGACCUGAAUAAAAUCGCCAGCGAUUCGGAUCUGAAAUUGCUCCUCCUGCAUACGACGCCGAAAUCGAUAGUGGUGAUCGAGGACCUGGACCGGUUCUUGGCGGAGAAAACCGCGAGAAUAAGCGCGUCGGGGAUACUGAACUUCAUGGACGGACUUCUAACCUCGUGUUGCGCGGAGGAGAGGGUGAUGGUGUUCACGAUGAACACGAAGGAGCAUGUUGACCCGAACUUUCUUCGUCCGGGUCGGGUCGAUGUGCAUAUCCAUUUUCCGCUUUGUGAUUUUUCGGCGUUUAAGACGCUGGCGAAUAGCUACCUUGGGGUGAAGGACCAUAAGCUAUUUCCUCAGGUACAGGAGAUUUUCCAAAACGGAGCGAGUUUGAGUCCCGCUGAAAUUGGUGAGUUGAUGAUCGCGAACCGGAACUCGCCGAGUCGGGCUAUUAAAUCGGUCAUCACCGCGUUGCAGACGGACGGCGAUGGCAGGGGUUGGGGCUUGAUCGGACGGCAGGCGGAGGAUGAUGAAAUGGAUGAACCCAAUGGGGUUGUCUGCGGUGAGAGUCUCCAUACGGUUAAGGAUUUGCGGAGACUGUACAGUUUUUUCAGAUUUAGGGUUACCAGAAAAUCUUCAUCCUCCAAUGCUUCCUUGCCCGCAAGUCCAUUGCGAUAG